AAACGACCGAUGAACAGCUCCGUAAACAUCCUUGCAACUGAUAAGAGUCGCCAAGAAAAAAAUCGACUUAAAGACUUAUUGCUUUAGAUACUUCGCAGAUAACUGGACGAGGUGUUGUGAUAGAAGUCACCAUGAUUCCACCGGUGUUCUUGGUGGCGUUGGUAUUUCUUUCUGGUUGCUACGUCGUACGAUGUGAGCUGUUUGAAUCAUGCAAUGCAACGAUAGAAUGUACAGAUAAUACCACAGUUUGUGAAAAAGAAGUCUGUCGCAUACGGGCCGGUCAAACAUGCUCAGAAGAAACUACAACAGCCGUCGCAACAACUGUAACAACACCUGCCCAAACAAUCACAACCACUGGAUCAACCCAGGCGAGUACCACUUCCCAAACACCGAGUGCUACUGCGGCAUCAACAACUACUGCGGCAUCAACAACUACUGCGGCAUCAACAGAUACUGCGGCAACUACAACUCCGGAUGCACCUACAGAUACUACUGCAUCACCUAGCACAGCUAAACGAAGAAGACGCAGUACAGACCCACAGGAGUGUGUUUCAAACGCAAGCUGUGUAUCUGGCCAAAACAAUAAACUGGUGUGCUCGUGUAACAUUGGCUACAAUUCGGAUAAUGGACAGUGCAAAGCUUCCGAUCCUUACAAUGGUGCGGGCUCUUUGAGAGGAACGCUCCUUUCUGCUGCCAUGGUGACGACAUUGAUGAUGUGUCUCAUAUAGCAAUCCCGUGUCAAAUGAAACCAGGGAGCAGGAUCAACGGGAGUCACAGGGGUUUACACACGGGCUGGACAGAAUGAAAACUCACCGUAUUUGCUUAUAUAUCGAGUUGUUGAAAUAUGUUUGCAAAACUCAAUAGCGCAUAAAAGCCAGUUUUUAUUUCGCAGUUUGUUCCGAUAUCUUCAGAUUUAAGUAGUCAUUAUUACAAACGUCUGAAAUUGGUGCCAAAAUGUCACGUUGCGUGCAGCCAAACGGUUUAAUGAAUGUUGUACACAUCAAAUUGUUGGCCAAGAAAACAUGAUUAUCAAAUAAAGUAAGUCUGAUGUUUAUCACAUUGCCAUAAGUCGCAUAAAAAAACUGUCUUUUAUGCACAAUUUGAAAUUCUUGAGAUUUUUUUAAGUUAUUUGAAAAAAAGCCGCACUUAACAUCCAUGAACAUCCAUUGCUGGACCCUACAAAGUCACGUGAUCCUGCAUCCUGGUUACAGCGGACAACCGAUUCGAAUGAACGAAAACCAAUGAUAAACAAUUAUCUCACAAACGGAUUGUAUACUUUGAACCGUUGGAUUUGCACAUGAUUUACGCUGGAUCUGGUUUUGAAAGUGCGUGUGCCAUAUGUCUACAGUAUAUAUCUAUGAGAAUGUACGUGUAUGGGAGUUCCGGUUGUCUGCGCAAGCCUGAUGAAGCUGUAAUGUCGACCAACUGGCAAAGCUUGGUCAAUCGGAACAGUGUUGUCUUUUGUAGGCACGUGAGCGCCACUUUUGACCGGAUUCUUUAUUUAACCAAUAAAAUAAUAGACAUAUAAAA